AAAGAGCAGAAGUUAAAAACACAGAGAGAGACCUCUGAUACACAAAAAGCAAGAGAGGGAGAGAAAUGGCGGGCGGUAAGUGGCGGUUCCUAGAAGUAGCAGUAGCACUAAUGGCGUUGCAGUGGUGGUGGAGUUACAAUGGUAACUUAGCUGAAGGGUUUCCAGAAGAAGAUCUUGUGACAAAGCUGCCUGGACAACCUGAAGUGGCAUUCAGACAAUUCGCUGGUUACGUCGAUAUCGAUGUCAAAGCUGGUCGGAGCCUCUUCUAUUACUUUGUCGAAGCCGAGAAGCAACCACACACUAAGCCUUUAACCCUUUGGCUAAAUGGAGGACCAGGCUGUUCUUCCAUUGGAGGAGGAGCUUUCACAGAGUUGGGUCCAUUUUACCCUACUGGAAAUGGUCGCGGUCUCCGUAGAAAUCCCAAAUCUUGGAACAAAGCCUCAAAUCUGUUGUUUGUGGAUUCACCGGCUGGAGUAGGAUGGUCUUAUUCGAACACAACUUCUGAUUACACCACGGGCGAUGAAACCACUGUUUUUAUUCAGAUAGGGAAUCCGCUUUUGAAGCUUGACCGGGAUGUUCCAGCAAUAUACGAGUUCUUCUGGUCACAUGGGAUGAUCUCUGAUGAACUUGGACUCACUAUCAUGAACCAAUGUGACUUUGAAGAUUACUCUUUCUCAAGUACACACAACAUAAGCAAAUCCUGCGAAGCCGCAAUGAAUGAAGCUGGAACCAUCAUCACUCAAUAUGUCAAUUACUACGACAUCCUCCUCGAUAUCUGCUACCCGUCCCUCGUUGAGCAAGAGCUCAGGCUAAAGAAAAUGGGUACAAAGAUGAGUUUUGGGGUGGACGUGUGCAUGAGCUAUGAAGAGCAAUUGUACUUAAUUCUUCCUGAGGUUCAAAAGGCUCUCCAUGCUAACCGAACUCAACUGCCAUAUGAAUGGUCUAUGUGCAGCAGCCUCUUGAACUACAAUUACAAUGACGGGAACACCAACAUACUUCCAAUUCUUAAGAGAAUCGUUAAGAGCAAAGUCCCUGUUUGGGUCUUCAGUGGGGAUGAAGAUUCUGUAAUUCCACUUUUGGGUUCGAGGACUCUUGUAAGAGAACUUGCAGAUGAUCUCUACUUGAACACCACAGUUCCCUAUGCAGCUUGGUUCCACAAAGGACAGGUCGGUGGAUGGGUGAUAGAGUAUGGGAAUCUACUGACAUUCGCAACGGUGAGAGGAGCAGCUCAUAUGGUACCGUACGCACAACCCUCAAGAGCUUUACAUUUGUUCACAAGCUUUGUGCUUGGCCGGAGACUGCCACACAAAUCGCCUCCUGCUCUUCAUGGAUAAAUUAAUGAGAAAGAGUUCCCUCUCUUUCUUUUUUUCGUUGGUCAAAUUGGUGGUUUAAUUAAUUCUACGGGGAAUGUAGUGGAGAAUAUUGUUUUUUUCUUUUUUUUUUCUUUUUUUUUUUUGUGUUCUUAUCUUUUUUCUUCUGUUUUCUUUAGAUAUCAGUUUCUUUGUUUCCGUUGAAAGCAAUUCUUGAAUACCAUUAUGAUA